CGGGGGCGGGACCGAACAGCGCUUCCCCCAAAGUAAGGCAAGGCGAAACCAUCGAGAUGGAGGGCCAGAGAGUCAUGGCGGUAAGGGGGCGGAGUGACCGAGAACUCCAAACCACGUUCCUGGAGGCUCGUGCCUAGGUUUCAGUAGGGCCUCAGGGCCUAUAAGCUUCUGUGUUUCCCUUUCAAGAUGCCACUUUCAGACUUUGUUCUGGCUCUGAAGGACAAUCCGUACUUUGGGGCUGGAUUUGGCCUGGUGGGUGUGGGCACAGCUCUAGCCUUGGCCCGGAAGGGUGCCCAACUGGGCCUGGUAGCAUUCCGGCGCCAUUACAUGAUCACACUGGAAGUCCCUGCUCGAGACAGGAGCUAUGCCUGGUUGCUUAGCUGGCUUACCCGCCAUAGUACCCGUACUCAGCACCUCAGUGUGGAGACUUCGUACCUUCAGCAUGAGAGUGGCCGGAUUUCCACCAAGUUUGAAUUUGUUCCCAGCCCUGGAAAUCACUUCAUCUGGUAUCAGGGCAAAUGGAUCCGAGUAGAACGAAGUCGAGAGAUGCAGAUGAUAGACUUGCAGACAGGGACUCCUUGGGAAUCUGUCACCUUCACAGCCUUGGGCACUGACCGGAAGGUUUUCUUCAACAUCCUGGAGGAAGCUCGAGAGCUAGCCUUGCAGCAGGAGGAAGGAAAGACGGUGAUGUACACAGCUGUGGGCUCUGAAUGGCGCCCCUUUGGCUAUCCACGCCGCCGCCGGCCACUCAGUUCUGUGGUUCUUCAGCAGGGUCUGGCUGACCGAAUUGUCAGAGACAUCCGGGAAUUCAUUGAUAACCCCAAUUGGUACACUGACAGAGGUAUUCCCUAUAGACGUGGCUACCUGCUUUAUGGACCCCCUGGUUGUGGAAAGAGCAGUUUUAUCACAGCCCUGGCCGGGGAACUAGAACAUAGUAUCUGCCUGCUGAGUCUCACAGACUCUAGCCUCUCUGAUGACAGACUCAACCACCUACUGAGCGUGGCCCCACAGCAGAGUCUGGUGCUCCUGGAGGACGUGGAUGCUGCUUUUCUCAGUCGAGACUUGGCUGCAGAGAACCCUGUGAAGUACCAAGGUCUAGGCCGUCUUACCUUCAGUGGACUGCUCAAUGCCUUGGAUGGCGUGGCUUCCACUGAGGCACGCAUUGUGUUCAUGACCACCAACCACGUUGACAGGCUGGACCCUGCCCUGAUACGCCCUGGGAGAGUAGAUCUGAAGGAGUAUGUGGGCUACUGUUCACACUGGCAACUGAUCCAGAUGUUCCAGAGGUUCUAUCCAGGGCAAGCACCUUCCUUAGCUGAAACCUUUGCAGAACAUGUCCUUCAAGCUACAACCCAGAUCAGUCCAGCCCAGGUACAGGGCUACUUCAUGUUGUAUAAAAAUGACCCCACAGGGGCGAUUCACAAUACUGAGUCUCUGAGGUAAUCAACCAGGCCGUGCUGGGAUCUCCUCCUAGAGGAAAUCAAUAAACACUUGCC